UUUCAUAGCUGAAAAAUGGUUUUCGGUUGGAGAAGAAGAAAAAAUAAUGCCCACAAGAAGAAUCUCAUGGUCAUUAUGGAUCUUGAGAUCCCCAACCAUUUUUUAUGCCCAAUUUCACUCGACUUGAUGAAAGAUCCAGUCACGCUAUCUUCAGGCAUAACCUAUGACCGAGAAAACAUCGAGACGUGGCUCGAGGCCGGGAACUUCACCUGCCCGGUGACCAAGCAGAUUCUCCAAAGCUUUGAUCAGAUUCCCAAUCACAGCCUCAGAAAGUUGAUCCAAGAGUGGUGCAUGGAGAAUCAGAAGUAUGGCGUGCAGCGUAUCCCAACUCCCAAAACCCCGGUCCUGCCACUCGAGGUCUCGGAGAUUCUCUUCAGCGUUGAGGCCUCGGUGAGGCGCAAGGACCUGUUUGGAUGCCUGGAAUCCGUCAAGAAAAUCCAGAAGUGGGGCGCGGAGAGCGAGCGGAAUCGACGCUGCAUCAUGGUGAACGGAGCUGCCAACGUGCUAGCGAAUGCUUUGGAAUCUUUCGCUACCAGCGGGUCAGACAUGAGUGGAUUUGAAGAAAUAUUGUCGGCAUUAAAUUGGAUGUUUCCUUUUGGAGAAGAAGCAAGGAAGUACUUGGGAUCCGAGGCUUCUUUACGUUGCUUGGUUUCGUUUCUCAAACAUGAUGAUCUUUCAGUGAAGCAGAAUUCGGCAAUGGUAUUGACUGAGCUUCUUUCUUAUGGUGAUAAAAGACACUUGGAAGUAAUAGCAAAUAUUGAAGGACUUGUUUUGAUACUCAUGGAUUUCAUCAGAAAGCAAAUUUGUCCAAAGAUUACCAAGGCUUCACUCAUGUUAAUCUUCCAUCUGGUUUCAUCGUCCUAUUAUACUUCAUCUGAGACGAUCAAAUCAGCAUUUGUUGAGAUGGGUUUGGUUUCUUUAAUUCUUGGAAUUCUUGUUGACUUCGGAAAGGGUGUAAUUAUUGAGAAUGCUUUGGGGGUAAUGGAUGGAAUUUGUGGGUUCGAGAAAGGGAGAAAAGAGGCGUUUGGAAAUGCUCUAACCAUACCGGUUUUGGUGAAGAAGCUGUUGAGAGUUUCCGAUGUCGCCACCGCAUUUUCGAUUUCGGCUAUUUGCAAGCUAUGUAAGAAUGUAAAUGAGGAAGACGAUGUUCAAGGAAGAUCAGUUCUCGUAGAGGCUCUUCAAGUUGGUGCUUUUCAGAAGCUGUUGUUGAUUAUACAGGUGAGUUGUUGUGAGGAGACAAAGAAGAAAGCUACUGAGCUUUUGAAACUUUUGAAUCCUUACCGGCCUCAGCUGGAAUGCAUUGAGUCUGCAGAUUUCAAGAGUCUACGAAGUUCGUUUUAAGUUCUUGAAGAUGCGUUUUCUUUUUUAAUUUUAUUUUAAGUUAUUUAAUAUGAUAUCUUUAUUAAACUUGUAAUUUUGUUUAUACGCAUAACGGUGUGUAAGCACAAUAUCAUAUAUACAAUAGUGCCGAAAAAUAUAUAAAAAAAAAAAUACAAUU